GUUAACAUUUGUGAAUGGCUUCACAGUGAGCGAAAUGUGGGAUGAUUUAUAAUGUUUUAUCAGCACUUUAGCAGAUGUUGAUUUUAUUCGAUGUGAGCUUCUUCGGGACUGGAUUGUAACGGGAAACGAUGUCGGACGCUGAAGGUGCUCGCAGUCCAGACCAGCUGAAUAAAUUCGAGAAACUGACAGGCAGGCCGCCGCACGGUGAGACGUUAGCAGGUCAUCGUACUCCCCCUGCCCGCAGUGGGCAUCGCUGUGUUGCUGACAACACUAACCUGUAUGUGUUUGGAGGGUACAACCCAGACUAUGAUGAGUCAGGAGGCUCAGAGAAUGAAGACUAUCCACUGUUCAGAGAGCUUUGGAGGUACCACUUUGCCACAGGCUGCUGGCAGCAGAUUCGAACAGAGGGUUAUAUGCCCACAGAGCUGGCGUCCAUGUCAGCUGUUUUGCAUGGCAACAACCUCCUGGUGUUUGGCGGCACGGGGAUCCCCUUCGGUGAAAAUAACGGCAAUGACGUACAUGUUUGUAACGUGAAGUACAAGCGGUGGUCACUGCUCAACUGUCGGGGGAAGAAGCCCAACAGAAUCUACGGACAGGCAAUGGUUAUUAUAAACGGUUUCCUGUACGUGUUCGGAGGGACGACGGGUUACAUCUACAGCACAGACUUGCACAGGCUGGACCUGACCACGAGGGAGUGGAUCCACCUCAAGCCCAACAACCCUCCUGACGACCUACCUGAGGAACGGUACAGGCAUGAAAUAGCACAUGAUGGACAGAGGAUCUACAUUCUGGGAGGAGGAACGUCUUGGACAUCUUACCCUCUGGACAAGAUACAUGCUUACAAUCUGGAGACCAAUUCCUGGGAGGAGAUUACGACUAAACCUCAUGACAAAAUAGGGUAUCCUGCUCCUAGGAGGUGCCAUAGCUGUGUACAAAUACGAAAUGAUGUAUUUAUCUGUGGAGGCUACAACGGGGAAUUGAUAUUAGCUGAUCUGUGGAAGAUCAACCUGCAGACCUUUCAGUGGAGUAAGCUACCAGCUGUGAUGCCUGAGCCGGCCUACUUCCACUGUGCCGCCGUCACCCCAGCUGGCUGCAUGUACAUCCACGGUGGCGUGGUGAACAUCCAUGAGAACAAGAGAACUGGCUCUCUGUUUAAAAUCUGGCUGGCUGUGCCCAGCCUGCUGGAGCUAUGCUGGGAGAAGCUCCUCAAGGCCUUCCCUCACCUGACUUCACUCCCCACCAUGCAGCUGCUCAACCUGGGCCUCACACAGGAACUCAUUGAACGCUUGAAAUAGGCCGCACGCUGUAGGAUGGACACAUGAAUGGAUGGGACGGGCUGGGCUGGACCGGGAGGAGAUGACAGAGCACAGAAUUGAAUUCACAGCAAAAUCCUCGGGAAAAUGCCCUCCCCCUCCACCUCCUGACGUAGCCCCGCCUUAAAACCAAAAACAAUGGGAUGCCUUUUUUUUUUUCCUGUUCUCAUUUUCUGCAGUUUCAGUGAUGAUAAAGAAGAUAAAUAUGGAAUGUUUUCUGGAUAUUACUCAACCCCACCCCGCCACCACCAUUCCUUACAUGAUGCCUGAUGAUUUCUUGCAUUACUGUGACAGCCGGAAAUCCUUUAUUUUGCCAUGUCAUGCUUUUAAAGACUGUCCGCUCCCAUUUUUUAGAAGAAAAAUCUGCCUUCUCUAGUACUUUUAGAAUUCUGUGCAAAGGACGAAUGCAUGUAUAUUUAUUUGAAGGACUAAAUCCAUGUUUCUGGAGGUAUUCUCAUCACCUGAUAUUGCUCUUUGCACACUGUCUUGCAUAUUUGUGGACAUUUACUUUUUUUUUAAAAAAUAGAUCCUAUAAGCAAAGUAAUCAUUUCAGUCUAAAAAGUGGCAGACAGUGGGUUUGCCAUAGGACCAUGCCAGUGUUUCUGCACAUUUUAGCCAAUUUAAUGCAAAUCUCAAAUAUAUGUUCAUGACUGCUGCCGACAUGCUGUCGUGUUUUAGAUUUUAAAUGUUUUUGCCACCUUCCAGCAGCGUUUUUAUCUCAGUUUUCUCCCUAUGGUAUGAAAAUGAAACUUAAAUAAUCAAUCACACUAAUUUUCAUGUGUUUUUAUCAUUUAAGUUAUGUUAUCUUAGCAUAAAAGCAGACAUAGUGUUCACUGUGAGGGAUUUCCUGUCUUAGAUUACAAACCUUUCCGAGUUUAUUUUAUACUAUAAGAACAGUAACCAGUGUCUGCCUGGAGGUAAGGAAAAACAUUUAAAAAAAACCUGUUUUUUGCAAUAAAUUAGCUAAAACAUGUAGAAACACUGUAUGCUCUUUGUUAGUGUGUGGAGAAGGGGUUCGAUGUAUUGUAUUUCCCAUUAUAUAUUAUGUUACAGCCUAGUGUGGAGAAUAUCUGCACAACAAAAAAAGGAAGGUGGGUAUCUUCAAAAUGAUUUAAUUUCCAUCCUGUUUGCUCGCAGCUCUCAUUUGUAAACCAAACCAUGCAACACAUCACUGUGAAUUUGGUGCUCUUUAAAAUUAAUUGAAAAUGCUUUUAUUCGAAUAAAGACUUAAUUCUGUUCGGACUUCUACUCCCUCUGUUGAUGACAUAUAAAAGGUUUUGCACAGGGAGUCGCUUCAGUAGCAGGCUUUUACAAACACUUGUUUAUACUGCAGUGCCUUUUUCAAACUGUUAAUAGGGUUGAAAUAUCACAAAUACAGGCAGUAUAAGAUCUUUGCAUGUCUAAAAAGGGUUCAUGUUGAAAAUUGUUUUCAAGUAGGUGAAUAUUUUAACCAUUUUUUUCAACAAGCCAUUACUUACAGUAUAAUCAUUGAACAUGUCUGUGGCAAAAACAGCUGUUUUGUAUCCUGUGUCAAGGAUGCAGAAGCAUUUGUUGUGUUCCUGUUAAGGUUCAGACAGAGUGCACUUCAGGACAGGAUGCAGCAUAAUGAGCCUUUUGGGAAUUUAAUCCUAGAUGCACUUACUGAACGUGUCAAAUCAGCGUGUUCACUAUAGUUCCUAUGUUCAAUCAAUGAAUUCAACUGCUGCCAAAAUAAUGUUGCAUCUUGAAUGAAGUGUGAUUAUAAUGAGGAAUGAGAGGUUAGUUGAGACCCAUGCUGGGAUGUUGCCGGAUCAGUGUGAUCAGCCUGCACUUCUUGCCCUUUGUUUCUGUUCUGCAUAACAAAAUGACUUUGUGCAUGAUGUGAUUUCCUGCUUUUCCUAUUAACAUCAUCAAACCUUUACUUUUGGACAUAGUUUUAAAGGUGACCACUAAAAUGAUGUACAGUAGGCUUGUGUGAAUGUUGUAUUGGAGUACUGUCAAUAAAAGUGUUAUGU